UUAGGCAAACGUUUGGCUUCAAUGAUUCGAUGAGUGUCUUCUCUUGCCGUAUCUUUCAGCUUGCCGGGUCAUGGAGCAGACCCAUGAGCCUCUUCUUCGAAGAUAGUUCAUGCACAGAAGAUUGAGCCACUGACCAUCUCUGAGCUUAACCAGUUCACUGCUGAAUCUCAGGUUACUGCUAUCGAGCAAGAUGAUGAUUGGUGUUAUAUUGGCUGUUCCAUGUGUUCCAAGAAAGUCCAAGAGAUAUCUUCCUUCACAUGUGUUGUGUGUAAUGUGACCAAUGCCGUUGCUGCACUUAGGUACCGAGUCAAGUUGUCUGCGAGUGACAGCACUGAUACAACAUCUAUCUUGCCUUUUGAUGUGGAGAUGGCCAAGCUUACUAGCAUUCAUGCUUCUGAAGCUGCACAAAUUGUGGGGAUAGGUGUUGAUGCUCGGGUUGACACGGAUCUACCUGGGUGUCUCGCUGAUAUUGAACGAUUUCCAGCUCAAGUUGAACGAUUUCAACUUUCCUUCAAACAUCAGACCUUCACCAUUUCCCGUAUAUUUCCACAGCGAGCCCUUACGCCCAUGCCAGCCUUUGCCAUAGCUGAUGGUAUAAAUGUCCCUGAAGUUGCGCUACCUGGAGCUGUGGCAACAGGAACAAUUGUUGACGUCGGUGAACCUCGCACUGCAGUAGAUGGGCUAUCUGCCUCCGAUGUUUCGACUGGUAAACGUCCAGCACCGGCCAGACGAAGUUGGUGUCAAUGAGACUGCACAGAAGAGGCCACAUGUGGAAUGAGGCCGCCACUGCACCUUUGGUAACCACAUCUUCUGUUUUUUCUAAAGUCUUGCUUCAGUGUUUUCGUUUUUGUUGUAAUCUCUUUUCAGUUCUGUUUUUAAGACGAUGUGGUUUUUCGUUCUGUUUUUUUAUAUUACCAACUUUUGUGUUUUAAAUACAAUGUGGUUGCUUUCUAGAGAAAAGAAAACAAAACUGACCUUAUGCAUGAAUUACGUUGCUAUCUAGCUAACCAUGAUUUACUACAUCA